AUGUUCUCACGGUCAAGCCUCGCCGCCCUGGCCCUCGCCGCCCUGAGCUCGGUUGCCUCGGCCGGCCCCUGUGACAUCUACGCGUCCGGCGGCACGCCCUGCGUCGCCGCGCACAGCACCACCCGUGCUCUCUACAGCGCCUUCUCGGGUGCGCUGUACCAGGUGCGACGUGGUUCAGACAAUGCCGUCACAAAGAUCUCCCCGGUGUCGGCAGGUGGUGUCGCGAAUGCCGCCUCCCAAGAUAACUUCUGCGCCGGCACGACGUGCCUGAUCACCAUCAUCUACGACCAGUCGGGCCGCGGGAACCACCUCACGCAGGCCCCGCCCGGCGGGUUCCAGGGCCCCGAGGCGAACGGGUACGACAACCUGGCCAGCGCGAUCGGCGCGCCGGUGACGCUCAACGGGCAGAAGGCCUACGGCGUCUUCAUAUCGCCGGGCACGGGGUACCGCAACAACGCCGUCAGCGGCACGGCGGUGGCGGACGCGGCCGAGGGCAUGUACGCGGUGCUCGACGGCACGCACUACAACAACGGCUGCUGCUUCGACUACGGCAACGCCGAGACGAGCAGCACCGACACGGGCAACGGGCACAUGGAGGCCAUCUACUACGGCUCCUGCACCAUCUGGGGCACGGGGGCCGGCAGCGGGCCGUGGCUCAUGGCCGACCUCGAGAACGGCCUCUUCUCGGGCCAGAGCGCCGGCCAGAACACGGCCGACCCGACCAUCACCAACCGCUUCUUCACCGCCGUCGUCAAGGGCCAGCCGGCCAACUGGGCGCUCCGGGGAGGCAAUGCUGCGUCCGGCGCGCUGUCGACGUACUACAACGGGGCACGGCCUGCGGGCUACAACCCGAUGAAGAAGGAGGGAGCCAUCAUCCUGGGCAUCGGAGGCGACAACAGCAUCAGCGCCCAGGGCACGUUCUACGAGGGCGUCAUGACCUCGGGCUUCCCCUCGGACGCGACCGAGAACUCGGUGCAGGCCGACAUCGUCGCGGCCAAGUACGCGACGACCUCGCUCAACAGCGGACCCGCCCUGACGGCGGGCAGCUCGGUCUCGCUGAAGGUGACGACCCCCGGCUACGACACGCGGUUCCUCGCGCACACGGGGUCGACGGUCAACACGCAGGUGGUGACGUCGGGCGACUCCACGGCGCUCAAGCAGCAGGCGAGCUGGACGGUGCGCGCGGGGCUGGGCAACAGCGCCUGCUUCUCGUUCGAGAGCCGCGACACGCCCGGCUCCUACAUCCGCCACUACGACUUCCAGCUCCAGCUCGGCGCCGGCGACGGCAGCAAGCAGUUCAACGAGGACGCCACCUUCUGCACCCAGCCCGGGCUCAACGGCCAGGGCACGUCCGUCCGCGCGUGGGGCUACCCGACCCGGUAUAUCCGCCACUACGCCAACGUGGGCUAUGUGGCGAGCAACGGCGGGGUCCACACCUUUGACGCCGCCUCGUCGUUCAACAACGACGUGAGCUUCCUGGUUCAGACGGGUUUUGCUUGA